AUGCUGAAACACGUGUCGAUAUCGCCGUGGAGAGGAAGAUCAGACAGCGUCAGCCUGGCCUCCAGCAAUGGAGAUACCAGUAGCUGCGGAAGCGGAAGUCCAACCCCUAGUCAUACUCCACCACCCUCACGUGCGUCUUCUUGCGCGUCUCUCGUUCCACUUACUGCGCUAUCUAGCUUUUCACCUGCUGAUACUGCGCCACAACAAAUAGUAACAUAA